UACUGUUGCAAAGCUGUUUCGAGGCGGCUCUCCAUGCUGCCCGCAGGUGAGCAGGCUGAGCCUGGUCUCUCUGAGCCCAGCAGCUUCUGUUCCUGCUUCCCUAUCCACCAGCUCAGCAAAGAGCGUGAGGAGGAAGAGAAGAGCAGGGGAGCGUCUGCCGGGCUUCCAACACAGACGGUCGCAGCAGCAGCAAGUCAGUAAGUCAGACUGCACCAUUUUCUUCUCACCCUGCAUCAGGGCUAUGUGAGAAGCUGAAGGGAGCUGCCCCCUCCCCCUCCCGCUGGUGAUGCUGAAGUGGAGCCUUCCUCCCAGUCAGAAGACGCAGCCUCUCUGGAGGAAUCCCAAAAGACGUCUCCAGUGUGGUGAUGUGUGUUUAAAGGCCGAUUUUUCUUUCUCUUCUCUUUUUUCACUCCCCUGCUAAGUCUGAAGCUCAUCUUCACUGGCAGCCGCAGCCAAGCCGAAGCGGUUUCAGGCUGCUAGCAGAUAUUUGCUGCUCUCUGGCUGUGUGUGCCCGGCUGCCAGCGCCUUUCACAUUGCCUGCGUGGACGCAGCUCUCAUGCUCCCGAGCAAUGGGUGCUGCAGUGGCUGGAGCAGAGCUGUGACCUUUUCUGGGGUGCUGGAGGAGGAAGAGUGGAUUACAGCGUGAAGUUCUGGCUCGCUGCCAGUGCCCUUGCGGAAAAAAUAAAUCACCUGGAUAUCCUCGUGUGGUGGAAACAGCUCCCUUGGAGCUGGUGUCUUCCUCUCCACCAUGGCUCACGCAGCUGCCUCCAUUAAAAAAGUUCGAGAGUCUGAACUCGAAGAGAGGGAGAGGAACCUUGAGAAGGAAAGGAAAAGGCAGCGGAAAAUCUCUAGGGCAGAUCGGAAACGCAAGUCUGACAGCAAUGCAAGCUUCCUCCGAGCUGCCCGAGCUGGCAAUCUGGACAAAGUAGUGGAGUACCUGAAGAGUGGAAUCGACAUCAACACAUGUAAUCAGAAUGGACUCAAUGCUCUGCACCUGGCAGCUAAGGAAGGUCAUGUGGGACUGGUACAGGAGCUACUGGAAAGAGGGUCAGCUGUGGAUUCUGCCACUAAGAAAGGGAAUACAGCCCUGCACAUCGCUUCCUUAGCAGGACAAGCUGAAGUUGUCAAAGUGCUGGUUAAGGAAGGAGCCAAUAUUAAUGCACAGUCUCAGAAUGGCUUUACUCCAUUAUAUAUGGCAGCUCAAGAGAAUCACAUUGAAGUGGUGAAAUAUCUCCUGGAGAAUGGAGCCAACCAAAGCACAGCUACUGAGGAUGGCUUCACUCCUCUAGCUGUUGCGCUGCAGCAAGGCCACAACCAGGCGGUGGCCAUCCUCCUGGAGAAUGACACCAAGGGCAAAGUGAGGUUACCAGCUCUGCACAUCGCCGCUCGAAAAGACGACACCAAAUCGGCCGCGCUCCUGCUGCAGAACGACCACAAUGCCGACGUCCAGUCCAAGAUGAUGGUGAAUAGGACGACUGAGAGUGGCUUUACACCUUUGCACAUCGCCGCGCACUAUGGAAACGUCAACGUGGCGACGCUCCUGCUGAACCGAGGAGCUGCUGUCGACUUCACGGCAAGGAAUGGAAUCACCCCACUGCAUGUGGCUUCCAAAAGGGGAAACACAAACAUGGUGAAGCUCUUGUUGGAUCGUGGAGGGCAGAUCGAUGCCAAAACCAGGGAUGGACUCACCCCACUGCACUGUGCUGCAAGAAGUGGACAUGACCAGGUUGUGGAGCUGCUCCUGGAACGAGGUGCCCCGCUGCUUGCACGGACCAAGAAUGGACUCUCUCCACUUCACAUGGCGGCCCAGGGUGACCACGUGGAAUGUGUCAAACACCUGCUGCAGCACAAAGCUCCUGUGGAUGAUGUCACGCUGGAUUACCUGACCGCCCUCCACGUGGCUGCGCACUGCGGCCACUACCGUGUCACCAAACUCCUCCUGGACAAGAGAGCAAACCCCAAUGCUCGUGCCCUGAAUGGUUUUACUCCACUGCACAUUGCCUGCAAGAAAAAUCGCAUCAAAGUCAUGGAACUCCUGGUGAAAUAUGGGGCUUCAAUCCAGGCUAUAACAGAGUCGGGCCUCACACCAAUACAUGUGGCUGCAUUUAUGGGCCACUUGAACAUAGUCCUCCUUCUGCUGCAGAAUGGAGCCUCUCCUGAUGUCACUAACAUUCGUGGAGAAACUGCAUUGCACAUGGCCGCACGUGCCGGGCAGGUGGAAGUAGUUCGCUGCCUCCUGAGAAAUGGGGCCCUGGUUGAUGCCCGAGCCAGGGAAGAACAGACUCCACUGCACAUUGCUUCUCGCUUGGGUAAAACGGAGAUCGUCCAGCUUCUGCUGCAGCACAUGGCCCACCCUGAUGCUGCCACAACUAAUGGGUACACUCCACUGCACAUCUCUGCCAGAGAGGGACAAGUUGAUGUUGCUUCAGUUCUCCUAGAGGCAGGUGCCUCCCACUCCAUGUCCACCAAAAAGGGAUUCACGCCAUUGCAUGUGGCAGCCAAAUAUGGGAGCCUGGAAGUGGCAAAACUCCUGCUGCAGCGUCGUGCCUCUCCUGAUUCAGCUGGCAAGAACGGCCUCACCCCGCUGCACGUGGCGGCGCACUACGACAACCAGAAGGUGGCGCUGUUGCUGCUGGAGAAGGGCGCCUCGCCGCACGCGACCGCCAAGAAUGGCUACACUCCUCUGCAUAUUGCUGCCAAGAAAAAUCAGAUGCAGAUAGCUACCACUUUAUUGAACUAUGGGGCUGAGACCAACAUUUUAACCAAGCAGGGAGUCACCCCACUUCAUUUGGCCUCCCAAGAAGGUCACACCGACAUGGUGACCUUGCUGCUGGAGAAAGGAGCCAAUAUCCACGUGGCAACAAAGACUGGUUUGACAUCCUUACACCUUGCAGCUCAAGAGGAUAAAGUGAACGUGGCUGAAAUACUCACAAAACAUGGUGCAAACCAAGAUGCUCAGACAAAGCUUGGUUAUACACCUUUAAUUGUGGCAUGUCACUAUGGAAACAUCAAAAUGGUGAAUUUUCUCCUCAAGCAUGGAGCAAACGUCAAUGCUAAAACCAAGAACGGGUACACCCCUCUUCACCAAGCUGCUCAACAAGGCCACACUCACAUCAUCAAUGUUCUCCUCCAACACGGGGCCAAGCCCAAUGCCAUCACUACUAAUGGUAACACAGCCCUAGCCAUUGCCAGGCGCCUGGGAUAUAUCUCAGUGGUGGAUACGCUGAAGGUUGUGACGGAGGAGAUCACCACCACCACAACUACUGUAACAGAGAAGCACAAGCUCAAUGUACCUGAGACGAUGACUGAGGUCCUGGAUGUUUCAGAUGAAGAAGGUGAUGACACAAUGACAGGAGAUGGAGGAGAGUACCUGAGGCCAGAAGAUCUCAGAGAACUUGGAGAUGACUCUCUACCAAGCAGCCAGUUCUUAGAUGGUAUGAAUUACCUAAGGUACAGCUUGGAAGGAGGACGAUCUGACAGCCUGCGGUCCUUCAGUUCAGACAGGUCCCACACGUUGAGCCAUGCCUCCUACCUGAGGGACAGUGCCAUGAUCGAUGACACGGUGGUAAUCCCCAGCCAGCAGGUAACAACUCUGGCCAAAGAAGCUGAAAGGAAUUCAUAUCGCUUAAGCUGGGGCCCUGAAAACUUGGACAAUGUGGCUCUUUCUUCCAGCCCUAUUCAUUCAGGCUGCAUGUCUGGCAAAAAGGAGGCUGGAUCCUUGCUAACAAGAUGCUCUUCUCCAUGUCUUGAUCAUGACAACAGCAGCUUCCUAGUUAGUUUCAUGGUGGAUGCUCGCGGGGGUGCCAUGAGAGGCUGCAGACACAACGGGCUGCGCAUCAUUAUCCCUCCGCGCAAGUGCACCGCGCCGACGCGGGUAACCUGCCGCCUGGUGAAACGCCACAGGCUGGCCACCAUGCCCCCCAUGGUGGAGGGUGAAGGGCUGGCCAGCCGCCUGAUUGAAGUUGGACCUUCUGGUGCUCAGUUUCUUGGUAAACUUCAUCUGCCUACGGCUCCUCCCCCACUUAAUGAGGGAGAAAGCUUGGUCAGCCGAAUCCUUCAGCUGGGGCCUCCUGGGACCAAAUUCCUUGGGCCUGUGAUUGUGGAGAUUCCUCACUUUGCCGCUCUGCGAGGGAGAGAGCGAGAGCUGGUGAUCCUGCGCAGCGAGAAUGGGGACAGCUGGAAGGAGCACUUCUGUGACUACACAGAGGAUGAACUGAAUGAAAUCCUGAAUGGGAUGGAUGAAGUGCUCGACACCCCGGAGGAGCUGGAGAAGAAGCGCAUCUGCCGCAUCAUCACCCGCGACUUCCCCCAGUACUUUGCAGUGGUGUCCCGGAUCAAACAGGACAGCAACCUGAUUGGGCCUGAGGGAGGGGUGCUGAGCAGCACCGUGGUACCUCAGGUGCAGGCAGUCUUCCCAGAGGGGGCUCUCACCAAACGAAUCCGUGUUGGCCUCCAGGCACAACCUAUGCACACUGAGCUUACAAAGAAGAUUCUAGGCAACAAGGCUACCUUCAGCCCUAUAGUCACGCUGGAGCCCAGGAGAAGGAAGUUCCACAAACCCAUCACAAUGACAAUUCCUGUUCCCAAGGCCUCCAGUGAUGGGGUCAUGAAUGGUUAUGGAGGCGACACACCCACUUUGAGGUUACUAUGCAGCAUAACAGGAGGAACCACCCCUGCCCAGUGGGAGGACAUCACUGGAACAACCCCAUUGACCUUUGUUAAUGAGUGUGUCUCUUUCACAACCAAUGUGUCUGCCAGGUUCUGGUUGAUAGACUGUCGGCAGACACAAGAGUCCGUUACCUUUGCUUCCCAAGUGUACAGAGAGAUUAUCUGCGUGCCCUACAUGGCCAAAUUCGUAGUGUUUGCCAAAUCACAUGAUCCCAUUGAAGCACGGUUAAGAUGUUUCUGCAUGACAGAUGACAAGGUGGAUAAAACUCUAGAACAACAAGAAAAUUUUGCUGAAGUUGCCAGAAGCAGGGAUGUAGAGGUUUUAGAAGGCAAACCCAUCUACGUCGACUGCUUUGGCAAUUUGGUGCCGCUAACAAAGAGUGGGCAACAUCAUAUAUUCAGCUUCUUUGCCUUCAAAGAAAACAGACUUCCUCUGUUUGUUAAGGUGCGGGACACCACUCAAGAACCUUGUGGACGAUUAUCAUUCAUGAAGGAGCCAAAAUCCACCCGAGGCCUCGUUCAUCAAGCCAUAUGUAAUUUAAACAUCACUCUACCCAUUUACACAAAGGAAUCAGAUUCAGACCAAGAACAAGAAGAAGAGGUUGAUAUGACUUCAGAAAAAAAUGACGAGACAGAGUCUACAGAAACAUCUAUCCUGAAAAGCCAUCUGGUUAAUGAAGUCCCUGUACUAGCCAGUCCAGACCUGUUGUCUGAAGUGUCUGAGAUGAAACAAGACUUGAUCAAAAUGACUGCCAUCCUGACAACUGACCCCUCUGAUAAAUCAGGCUCCAUUAAAGUGAGAGAUCUUGGGAAAGGCGCUGAAGAGGAGCCAGGAGAGCCUUUUGAAAUAGUGGAGAGAGUGAAAGAAGACUUAGAAAAAGUCAAUGAAAUUCUAAGAGGUGGAUCCUAUCCCAAAGAAGAACGUGUUGUGCACAAGUCCCUUCCUGAAAAAGAACCUGUAGAAGAAGAAGAGUGGGUCAUUGUCAGUGAUGAGGAAAUUGAAGAGGCCAGAAGAAAUGCUCCUUUAGAAGUAACUGAACCUCCCUGUGUAGAAGUCAGGAUAGACAAAGGGACGGCAAAACCAGAGAAGACAGACAUGACAGGAAUGGUAGAUUACCUGACAGAGGAUUUAAAAACAUAUGUUUCUCUUCAUGAGGUACAGCCACAAGCCUUACAAGAAGAUGUAGUAGAAGAGAGAUUUGAAGCUGUAGUAAUAAGCAGGGAAUCUGAGAAAGGACAAAAAUCACCAACAGCUGGAAAACUAAGUCAACAGGAGAAACACAAGCCAACGUUAGACAUUAAAAAGCCAGUUAGGACAAAAGUCAGAGACAAGCAAAAGCCCAAGGAAGGCAAGAUGCACAGCAGUGGAGAACAAACAGGACAGAAGAAGCCCACUUCAGAUGGGUCAGCAGGUGAGGACACUGGCUUAGCACCCACAGCUGCUCCUGAGGCGAAAGCUGUGUCCCCUGUUAUAGAGGAAACUCCUAUUGGCUCAAUAAAAGAUAAAGUUAAAGCUCUUCAGAAACGAGUGGAAGAUGAACAAAAGGUACGGUCAAAGCUUCCUGUCAGAGUUCAGACAAGAGAAACCACUGCUGAAAAGGCUUCUAAGAAACCAGCACAGGUCAAGAAACCAGUAGCACACAAAGCACAGCCUCCCGUGUCACCUUCUUCUAAGACAGAAAGGCUUGAGGAGACCAUGUCAGUUCGUGAACUGAUGAAAGCCUUCCAGUCAGGUCAAGACCCAUCCAAGAAUGUAUCGGGGCUGUUUGAGCACAAAUCUGUCAAACAGAAGCAGCAGCUCCCCGAGAAGGAAACCCCCCGGAGAAAACCGGUUCCUUCACAAAGCGAAACGAGGCGAGGAGCAAUCCACAAGCCAGACAAACAGAAGGACAAAGCAGGCACAGCAGGAAAAGCAGAGAAGGAGCCACUGUCAAAGAAAGGCAAAAUACCAAUUUCUACUGCUGAGACUACCAAGAAAGCUGCAAGUAAAGACCAGGUGAAAGAGCAGAGCAGCAGCAAAAAACCAACUGAACCUCUCCCUCCAGUAUUUGAUGAUCAAAGUGCCAAAGAUAAAACAGCUGUGAAGGGCAAGACUUCUGAUGACCAAAGAGAUGCUGACUUCCAGAUCAGCCCUGACCGAAAAACCUCCACAGACUUUUCUGACGUCAUUAAAGAAGAACUGGAGGACAAUGACAAAUAUCAACAGUUCCGGCACCUUUCAGUGACAGAGGAGGGAGAGCUUAACCCGGAGCAAGUGCUGACCAGUCCUUUCAAUGCCUCUUUUCCCACAGAGUACGGGAAAGAUGGAUUCCUUCCUGCUCUUUCUCUGCAAAGUGCUGCUUUUGAUGGGAGCUCAGAAAGCCUCAAACAUGAAGGUGUGGCUGAUUCUCCAGGUAGCCUACUUGAUGGAACUCCUCAGAUCAGCUCUGAGGAAAGUUAUAAGCAUGAGGGCCUGGCAGAGACUCCAGAAACAAGCCCUGAGAGCCUUUCAUUCUCACCAAAGAAAAGUGAUGGGCAAAUUGAAGAAGCUAAAGGAGCCACUAGAGCACACACAAGAGCAGAAACAUGUCCUCCAAAGGAGCUCUCUCCAAAGGAAGAUGAAAAAGGUAUUACUGACAGGCAGCUAGAUGCUGUUUCUGAGGCUAGUAAGUCUCAUUCUGCCCAUGUAUCAGAAGAGCUUGUACCUACAGCCUCUGAAGAAGAGGCUGAUAACCUUAGAGGAAGUAACUCAGCUUCCAUUAUGAAAGAUGUUAGCAGGGAUAAAGAAUCCAGAACCACUGCACAUUUAACUAAGUCUUCUGAAACACAUGACACUGCUUUAGAGAAAGAAAAAGAUAUAACCUGUGAACGCCGGGGUGUGGUUAGAAGUCCCCAGAAAUUGGAACUCUCACUUACUAGCCAUGAUAGCGAAGGCUGUAGCCCAGUUGCAGAUGACUCUUUAACUAUAAGUCAUAAAGACUCCCUGGAAGCAAGCCCAGUGCUAGAAGAUAACUCAUCACACAAAACGCCUGAUUCUCUGGAGCCCAGCCCUAUGAAGGAGUCUCCCUGCCGGGAUUCCCUUGAAAGUAGCCCUGUAGAACAAACGGUCAAGGCUGGCAUUCUGGGGCAGGGUCCUCUUCAGUCUGUUCUUAGCAAAGCAGAGACCUGCCCAGAGCUGGCACCGGUGCGUUCCAGGAUCCUUCGUGACCCUGAGGGAAGUGCUGAUGAUGACAGUCUAGAGCAAACAUCCCUCAUGGAGAGUUCAGGGAAAAGUCCUCUUUCACCUGAAACUCCUAGUUCUGAAGAAAUUAGCUAUGAAAUCACACCAAAAACAGCAGAUUCACAGGCACUGUCAAACAUCCCAAAGUCAGCCGUGAUCCCUGAGGUCAGUGAAGAACAAGAAGAUGACUCAGAAAGUGAACCAAAGAAGAAAUUCACCCCUGAGGAGGAGAUGUUUAAAAUGGUGACCAAAAUAAAAAUGUUUGAUGAAUUAGAACAAGAAGCAAAACAGAAGAGAGACUACAAAAAGGAUUGUAGGCAAGAUGAACCUUUUGCAGUUGCUGAUUCGGAAGCUGCACGUGAAGCUGGAGAACCGGAGUCGACAGCUGUAGAAGAAACAGCUGUACCCACCGUGGUGAUGUCUGCAGCUGAAUCUAAGAACCGCUCUUCCUCUUCAGAAAGUGAGCUGGAACUGACUCAGCUGAAAAAAGAAGCCAGCUCUGAGCUCUUAAUGGAGCCUGUGAUCUGCAUGCAGCCACCCUCACCUCUGCCAUCCCGCAUGGGCUCCAGUUCCAGUCCUGACGAAGCAGGUUUUCAACCUAUCGAUUCAAAGCAUGGCUCUGUCAGGACAGGGGCAGUUAAAGCAGAACAGGACAAGCCAACAGAGGCUGACAAAGAGGAGGCCCUUACCUCUGGGGACAGCUCUAAGGCUUCCUCCAGGGAACCAGGCACUUGUCUUUCUGACAGCUGCGUAUCAGCAGACACUGCUGAAUCAAAAUGCGACGGUGCGCACUGCUGCGAGGCAGCCAGUCCCACUGCCUCGGGCACACGAGCUGGGGAUGCUCUCUGUCAUGCCACUGGUGACAGUUCCCACAAAGAGGUUCAUGUUGAGUCUUCACUAACACUACAGCAAUAUGAUGCUGCUGAAAAAGAUGUCAAACCUGCUGCAUUAACACACAGUGAUCUUAUUUCUGCAGGAGCUAUGUCUGAGAGAGCAGAGGAUAGUUCUUGUGGCCACAGUAGCAUCGAGUGCUCUGUGCCACAAGAUGGCAAGCUGGCUGGAGAUGGUACCAUUGACCAUUCUGCUCUGGGAGAAACACAUACAGAUGUGGAAACAUCUAAAGGAGAUACUCAGGCUGAGAUGCCCUUACCAGAGUAUUCAUCCCUUACCACUGACACAGUGGAACUUGAAAGUGGUGUGGCAGAUGCUGGUGAAAGUAGUGCUCCUCAUAUAGUAAGCCCUUAUGAAAAUGUGUCUUCUGACCACUUCUUUAGUGACUCUGAAAGUAAGGUAGGGUCUGGUGGAAGUCUGUUCCCUAGGGAGAACUAUUCCAUGGAAGAAGGACAAGAUCAGAGUGGUGAAACUUUACAUAGGGACACAGGCAGUGAGUAUCACUCUUCAGAGGAAGUAUAUAUGGAAAUAGAGGCAAAACCAGGGAAUCCAUUUCACAGUAUGUCACAAGGGUCUUCAGAUUCCAAAAAAUUAGAUGAUUCUGCCCUUGAGGAUGUGAGAGAGGAAACAGAGAAAUCGAUCAGUCAAGUUGUCAUCACUAAAACCGAUGUGGAUUCUGACAUGUGGAGCGAAAUACGUGAAGAUGAUGAAGCUUUUGAAGCCCGGGUGAAAGAAGAGGAACAAAAGAUAUUUGGGUUGAUGGUAGACAGGCGCUCACAAGGCACCACGCCUGACACAACACCAGCCAGGACACCCACUGAAGAAGGGACACCGCUCAGUGAACAAAAUCCUUUUCUUUUUCAGGAAGGAAAAUUGUUUGAAAUGACUAGAAGUGGGGCCAUUGACAUGACCAAAAGGAACUAUCCAGAUGAAAGCUUUCACUUCUUCCAAAUGGAGGAGCAGCCUCAGGAAGAAGUUUCUUUAUCUGAGGAAGUGAAAGAAGCAGCAGAGCCGGAAUGUGCUGAUUUGAAGGGCUCACCAGAUCCAUUUUCACCUUCAGAAUCAGAGGACCCGGAUAUCCAAGAAAAAGAUGUACCCCCAGCAUCUGAGCCUAGUGACAAAUCAGAAGAAAUGACAGGCGAAGGUGUCAGCGUAGGCACCACAAAAGCAGACCUUAAAUCCAGAAUUCCAAUUAAAAUGGGUAUUUCAGCUUCAUCAAAAUCACCAAAGAAAGAAACUGCUGCCUCUGAAGCUGAGCCCUUCUCCAGAACGGAGACUGACAUGGCUGACAGCAGUCAGGUGCCUUGCCCUAUCUCUCCUGAGCAGCCUGCAGUAGAAGAUGAGUUAGGUUUUUCUGGAGUCACUAGAUUAGCUGGUUCUGAACAGGGUGACGAGUCCCCAGACUCUUCACCAGAGGAACAGAGAUCGGUGAUUGAAAUCCCUACUGCUCUGAUGGAGAGUGUGCCUUCUUGGGAGAACAAAUCCAAAAUCCCUGUCAGGACAGCUGCUGCUGCGCCGCAGUCCUCGCAGUGGGAGAACGAGAGCCUUCCCACAGAUGACUGCCCAGAUGGUUUGCAGUGUGAAGGAAAAGAUGACCAUGCAAAACCAAAGUCUAAAAUCCCUGUCAAAGCAGCUUUCCAGAAAGCUGAGCAGCAACACAUACACACAGACACACCUGCCCACAAGCAAGAGUCACCCAGUGCUCUUGACGUGACAAACAAACUGCCUGUGAAACAAGAUAGCCGCAGUAAAUCUGAAUCUGAUGCAAGUACUCCUGUGGACCCCAAGAGCAAGCGUUCCCUAAAAGCUAGGAGUUAUGCUGAGGCAGAAGCAGAGGCCAGGGAGAGGGAGGGAGAGGUGCAGCUUGAGAUAGACUCAGAUGAGACAACAACAGGAAGAUCCAAGGUAUUUUCAUCACGGCUGCCAGUUAAAAGCAGAAGCACCUCAGCCUCCUGUGGUGCUUUCAGUCCCACAAGGGAAAGUAAGGAACAUUUUUUUGACCUUUACAAAAACUCCAUAGAAUUCUUUGAAGAAAUUAGCGAUGAAGCUUCUAAAUUAGUGGAAAGACUCACGCAGUCAGAGAGAGAACAAGAAUUAGUUUCAGAUGAUGAAAGCAGUAGCGCCCUAGAAGUUUCAGUUAUUGAAAAUGUGCCAUCCAGUGAGACUCAGCAGGCAGUUCCUGAAGACAUCUUUGACACCAGACCCAUUUGGGAUGAGUCUGUAGAGACUCAGAUUGAACGUAUCCCUGACGAAAAUGUCCAUGACCAUGCUGAAGAUCAACAGGAUGAUCAGGAAAGGACGGAGGAAAGACUGGCCCACAUUGCUGAUCAUCUUGGAUUCAGCUGGACAGAGCUGGCAAGAGAGCUGGAUUUCACAGAAGAGCAAAUCCACCAGAUCCGAAUUGAAAAUCCUAACUCACUUCAAGACCAGAGCCAUGCACUCCUCAAGUACUGGCUGGAAAGGGAUGGGAAGCACGCCACAGAUACAAACCUUACCCAGUGUCUCACCAAAAUCAACCGGAUGGACAUCGUUCACUUGAUGGAGACCAGCGGCAUCGACCCCAUGCAGGCCCAUGGCACUCGCACCUACGCCGAAAUCGAGCAGACAAUAGGACUGGACCACAGUGAAGGGUUUUCUGUGCUGCCAGAAGAACUAUACAGUUCAAGACAUAAGAGGGAAGAACAACAGAGAAUAUCUAAAGACAGUGAGCAGACUGAACACCCUCCUAUUGUCUCAGAGGAAGAUGUGUCUGUCAGUUAUUCUCCUUUUCAGGACAGUACUCCCAGGAGUGAGGCAGAAGUGUCAAUGGCUGAGCUCCUGAGACAAGCACAUAAGGAACAAAUAGAAGCUGAAUUCUCAGGGAAACACCAAGAUCUGCCAGAAAAACCAUCUGCUGCACAACACGAGUAUUUUGUCACACCUCCAGGAACAGAACAGGCUGCAGCUCCAGGAACUGCAAAAGCAGCAAGUGAAAAAUCUGCACCUUUCAGUGUGGCAGAGAGAGAAAAAACAUCACCACAGCCCCCAUCAUCUGCUCACAGAGAUGACUCUCCCAUCAUUCAAGAACCUGAGGACUCCCAGCUCCAUCAGGAUGACCCCUCUCAGAGGAGAAGUAGUCUAGUGAUAGUGGAGUCAACUGAUGAACAGACAGAAAAGUUUGGAAGAGGCUAUGAAGAGGAAUCAUUAGAAAAGGAGUUAGCUGAGGAAUUAGGAGUGCUGGCGCUGAGCUCGGACGAGGAUGAGGUGGUCACUACCAGGGUCAUUCGCCGCCGGGUGAUCAUUCAGGCUGAUAGUAUGCCUGAAAUGCCACCAGAAACAGUCACAGAAGAGCAGUACACAGAUGAACAUGGCCACACAGUGGUAAAGAAGGUCACUAGAAAGAUCAUCCGGAGAUAUGUGUCUCCAGAUGGCACAGAGAAAGAGGAAGUCCUAAUGCAAGGAGCACCACAAAGCCCUGUCACUGUGGAAGAAGGAGAUGGCUAUUCCAAAGUUGUAAAACGGGUCGUGCUGAAGAGCAGCAGUGAGCAGACAGAGGUGACCCUGUCUGAACCUGCUGUUUUGUCUAGUGCCUCCAAAUUCCAGUCUGAACCAGUUGAAGGCCGGAAGGUCAGCAAAGUCAUAAAGACCACAGUAGUGCAAGGAGAGAGAACAGAGAAACACCUGGGGGAUGCCAGCUUAGCUACUGAUCUUCCGUCAGCCAAAGAGGACUUUGAAGAGGCUCUGAGCUAUACAGGUAACAAAAUGAAAGUCCAGCUGCCCACUUUAGUAGAGAAAGAGAUCAGGAAAGAGGACGGAUCAGUCAUUAAAAGGACAAUGCUGAGUAAAGCCAGCACACAGAAGAGGACUGUGAUGAAGGAUCAGUAUGGAAAACAUGUUCACAUAGAGGAGCUGGAAGACACACCAGAAGCACUACCACAGGAUGACCUCCAACACGACCUCCAGCAGCUUCUCAGACGCUUCUGCCAAGGGGACUGGAAACAGGAGGCGAAAUGAGAAGCUGCCACCCCUCAACACCACCGCAUACCAUCCAUCCCGUGUGCCACCUUCAUCUCCUCUAGGUGUAGACAUUGUCACCUACAUCAUCACUGAAGACACUGCCAUUUCUACCUGUGCAGACGCAGUGAAUCCAUUUCUUCUCCCCCUCCCCGUGUUUGAUUUUGGGUUUUUGUUACUUUUUACCCUGUAAGCUAAUUUGUGACCAAAGAUAGCAUCCUUCAUCUGGGAUGAUUUAUCCACCAACCCGUCGUCUUUGUGCUGUACUGGGAGUUUGUCAGCAUCGCCACUUCUUGCUGUCCCUGGGCUUCUGCACUAGCUUCACAAAAUCACAUUUGUCAAGCCAACUUCAUCUACAGGCCUCUUCAAGUGACUAUGUACAGGUGUCACAAAACAAGGGAGUUAAAGGUGUAAACUGUAUAUAGCAAGAGUAUUUGGACUUAGGAGACUGCAGACAACACACUGCCUGUGACUACGAUUAGCAUCAUGGAUUACAAGGUCUAUUGACACUGCUGACCAGCCACCAAUGAGAUACCGACUGCAAACACAGACUGGCUGAGGAGCAAGCACUGCACAUCUGCUGCAGCCAUCAGACUUCCAGUGUAGGGAUCUGUUAUAGCCAAUGGCUCUAAGAGUCAGGCCAAAACCUGGAAAUUCAGCUGUUCUCUCAAAAAACAGCUGCCUGUGGCCAUCAGUGCUUCUCAGACCUUUGGACAGCCACUCACAGAUUUCCAGAAAAAGAAAAAACAAACAAAGAAACAAAAAGAACACCCAAUUAGGUCCCCAACCUGCUAGCAGCUAUAUCUACGGCACAUCUGCAUAUGGUAUUAAAACCUUCUAGAUCCGGACUCGUGGCAGGGCAUAUUAAACAAAGAUAACUACAGUAGUUUCCUCUUUCCAUCACUGCUUAGCAAACCACACUGUCUUACUGGUGGUACUUCCUGCUGGCCACUGCACUGUAGAUAACUAUGGGAGAAAGACUUACCCAGUAUACAAGGAGAAUAAUUAAUUCACCGUGUUUUAUCAAGAUUGCCUCUUAUCCGAUACAUGCAUGUGGCAUUUGAAGGUCAAACCCAAACCCUCCUGUAACCAUGUCAGCUUGUUGGCCCUCUUAGCACUGAGCGAGCAGUUUUUAUCUUCCAAUCAAGUGUUUUUUAAAAAGGGAGUGCUCACAAUCCUUGAAAGGCAGUUUCUGUUCCUAUUUUGUUAUCUCUCUCUCUCUAAUAUAUAUCUUUCUAAAUCAACCCUCUGGAACCCAUGAUAGCAUGUCUGCACCUGGCUUUUCAAACAAGGGAACAGAGAUCUGACAUCCGGGCUGUUCCGUACCUUAAUAUUCCGUGGAGGGAGCUCUGUAGCCUUUUAGCAUAUACAAUACACACAGACACACACUAAAUGUUUUUAAACAGCAAUUUGAUUUUUUAGUAGUCUACUUAAAACCAGAGCAAACCAGAUCCUCUCCUCUAGGAGCAGCACCUUUGCCAAGCGUAUCUGGCCUUCCACCAUUAUUGGGUUGUUUGGCUUUUUUUAAGGACUCACUCAGUGCUCAGAACAAGGGCACGUCCUCACUAAGGUAACGAUGCCAAAUGCACAAAAAAACAUCUUGGGAGUCGUGGCUUCCUGCAGGAAAAGUGACCCAAGGUGCUGUGCUAAUGUCUGGGGUUUUGGCAAGCAGGAAAACAAAACAACACAAAAGUGGGGGGGAGGGAGGGGGAAACCGAAACAAGCGGUUUUGGCAGCCAAACCAAACGAGACCCACAAGGAACCAUUUCACAAGGCCAUGGCUUUCUGAUUGUCAGAGACAGCACAGGAUGAUCUUCAAGGAUGGGGCUCUAAAGAAAUGCAUUUCUGUUGUGUUACUUGCGGUGCAGAUGAUGUUCUGUGUAACAACAUAAUGGUUAUUCACCUCUUAUUUUGAUUUUUUGCUGUGUUAUCAAAGAACUUGAAUACUGUGAGAAGAAGUGAAUUUUAAGUUGACGAAUCAGCAUCUUGUUCCCAUGGUGAUAACACUAAUUGAAUAUAUCUAUGAGGGCAUGUAUUAGUUAAAAAUUAAAGAAAUACAACACUAACAAUACAUAGCUGCAAUGUGUACAAUGGCUGAUUUAACUAAAUAAACAUGUACAAGUGUUAAA